GGGAAAGCUGGGCCGGUAUCCCCCAUGGCCAGGAAAGAUUGUUAAUCCACCUAAAGAUCUGAAGAAACCUCGUGGAAAGAAGUGCUUCUUUGUGAAGUUUUUUGGAACAGAAGAUCAUGCUUGGAUCAAAGUGGAGCAGCUGAAGCCUUAUCACCCUCACAAAGAGGAAAUGAUAAAGAUUAACAAGGGUAAGCGCUUCCAGCAAGCUGUGGAUGCUGUAGAGGAGUUCCUUAGAAAAACCAAAGGCAAGGACCAGGCGUCUUCCCAUAACUCCAAUGAAGAGAAGAAUCGGCGUAAUUCCAGUGAAGAAAGAGGCAAGCAAUCCGCUGGUGAAGAGAAACGCAAGGCCAGUUUGUCUGAAGGGAAGUCGAAGAAGGGCACAGGGGAAGGAAAAAAGAGGGUCUCUUCUGUAUCGUCAGAGAGAGGAUCAAAAUCACCUUUGAAAAGAGCCCAGGAUCAGAGCCCCCGAAAGCGGGGGCGUCCACCCAAGGAUGAGAAGGACCUCACAAUUCCAGAGUCAAGUACAGUGAAGAGAGUGAUGACUGGAACAGUGGCUGGGUUUAAAUGGCCGCCAAGUGUCAGUGAGCCUGUGAAGGACAGUGAUCCACAUUUUCAUCACUUACUGCUGAGCCAGACAGAGAAGCCAGCUGUCUGCUAUCAAGCCAUCACAAAGAAGCUGAAGGUUUGUGAAGAGGAAACAGGAUCCACCUCCAUCCAGGCAGCAGACAGCACCGCAGUCAAUGGCAGUAUCACGCCUACAGACAAAAAGAUAGGAUUUCUGGGACUUGGCUUGAUGGGAAGUGGCAUUGUCUCCAACUUACUGAAGAUGGGUCACACUGUCACUGUCUGGAACAGGACUGCUGAGAAGUGUGAUUUGUUCAUCCAGGAGGGGGCACGGCUGGGAAGAACCCCUGCUGAAGUUGUUUCCACCUGUGACAUCACCUUUGCCUGUGUAUCAGAUCCAAAAGCAGCCAAGGAUCUGGUACUUGGUCCGAGUGGAGUGUUGCAGGGGAUUCGCCCAGGGAAGUGUUAUGUGGAUAUGUCCACUGUGGAUGCAGAUACAGUCACAGAGCUGGCCCAGGUGAUAGUGUCCCGGGGUGGUCGCUUUUUGGAAGCACCAGUUUCGGGAAAUCAGCAGCUAUCUAACGAUGGAAUGCUUGUGAUCCUGGCAGCUGGCGACAGGGGUUUAUAUGAGGACUGCAGUAGCUGUUUCCAGGCGAUGGGGAAGACUUCUUUUUUUCUAGGUGAAGUAGGCAAUGCUGCCAAGAUGAUGCUGAUUGUGAACAUGGUCCAAGGCAGCUUCAUGGCAACGAUAGCAGAAGGACUGACUUUGGCUCAAGUGACUGGCCAGUCCCAGCAGACCCUUCUGGAUAUCCUCAAUCAGGGACAACUUGCCAGCAUCUUCCUGGACCAGAAGUGCCAAAAUAUCUUGCAAGGAAACUUUAAACCCGAUUUCUACCUGAAAUACAUACAAAAAGAUCUUAGAUUAGCUAUUGCACUGGGCGAUUCUGUCAACCACCCAACUCCCAUGGCAGCUGCUGCCAACGAGGUCUAUAAACGAGCAAAAGCAUUGGACCAAUCAGACAAUGACAUGUCUGCAGUGUACAGGGCCUACAUCCACUAGGCUGCACCGUUCUUACUGUUAAUACUAUGAUUGAUUAAUAUUAUUAUGAUACUGGGUUUUAACUCUGGACCAGUCCAUCUCUGUCUCUCCAUUUCCUUUUAUACACAGACUUUGAGAUCUGCCACGGAGGCAGCUGCUGCGGUGAGCCUUCCCCUGUGGCAGAAGGGGGGGAGGAGGGGUCUCGGAUUGCAGUCUAAUUAGAAAAAUCCAUGCCAUGCACUGACAGUCAUGGAACAGAACAGCGGCAGCUUGUUCAGAAGCUCUGAGGCAAUUCUGCCAGAAAUCUGCUGCUUGGCUGCUUUUAUUUUUCCUCUUUGUAUGCUUGUCCAAGAUGCUGUUUCUAA